AUGGCUUUCCCUGGCAUGUCGGCUCCUGGCCUGAGCGGUGACGCCAGCUUGGACGAGCAGAAGUUGAAGGAGCAGCAGAUGAUCAAAUACAUGCAACAAGCGAUGGAGUCGUGCCCUGCUAAGACUGCCAUGUCUGGUGUCAUGGGUUUCGGUCUUGGUGGUCUGUUUGGUCUUUUCAUGUCGAGUAUGCGCUACGAUGCACCCAUGACGGCUGGAACAGACGCCAUUACGAAACUGCCAGUAAAAGACCAACUACGACAAGGAUUCAAAGAGAUGGGCAAAGCGAGUUGGAGCAGCGCAAAGAACUUCGGCCUCGUCGGCUCCAUCUUCGCAGGAACAGAAUGUUGUAUUGAGGGCUUCCGCGCCAAGAACGAUCUCUACAAUGGUGUGGCAGCUGGCUGCAUCACAGGCGGCGCUCUCGCUGCCAAAGCCGGUCCUCAGGCCGCUGCUCUCGGUUGCGCUGGGUUUGCCGGUUUCAGUGCCGCUAUCGAUUACUACAUGCGCAUGCCGAACGACGACACCUCCGCCGAUCCGAUCGCUUAG